CACUUGAACCAGGGUUUGCCACGAAUGUAAUCUCUUGUCAAACUGCCCCUGUCGCAUCCAGCAGUUUUCAAUAAUUAUUUGUACUGAAAUAAUGAGCCAGCUCUAUAAACUGUAACAUCCAUAUCUGUGUUUCAAUGAAAACCCGUCUUUUUACAGACGUAGCAUUCCAUUCUGCAAACAGCCAUCGGAAAGUACUGGAAGCAUGGUGAAGCACGUCAACGCCAGCCCAGAGCACCAGCCUGAAGGUUGUUUCAUGGGAGAAGAACCAGAACCCACUGAGGCAGAGCCCACUGCAGAUGUGGCAAGGGGGAAUGAUGAGGGGAAGGAGCACCCAGUGGCCCAGCCUGGCAUGAUCUGGCGCGUGACCGGCGGCCUCUUCAGCGCCAGUAAAACUGUGGUGGGCGCCACCGUCGGAGGGUUUGCGUGGCUGGGGGGGAAGAGUCUUGAGUACACCAAGUCAGCUGUCACCUCGGUCCCCUCAAUGGGCGUGGGCCUGGUGAAAGGCGGCGUGUCCGCGGUUGCCGGCGGGGUGACAUCGGUCGGUUCCACGGUUGCCAGCAAAGUUCCCUUCAGAUCCAAGACUAAGGACAAGGCGGAGUGAGGAAGAGGAGUUGAUGAAGAUGAUGUGCAACACAACAUGAUGCAUGCCCCCCCCCCGCUCCUCCCGACUGAGCCAUAAGAGGAUGUGAUGAGAGUUGAGGCACGAAGUUAGUCGCCAUGUUUUCAAAGUGAACAGUUGUUUUUUUUCUGUUGGUUUGUACAGCUCAUUCACUAUGUUGUACCUGGAGAAACCUGUUCCUUAAUGCCUUCUGUAAUCUCCCUCUUCUCUCCCAGUUCUAUUUCUAAUGUAUGUUUUUUGCAGUGUUUGUUCUUUUGUUUUUUUUGUCAGUGUUGAAAAGGGAGAUUACUGUUAUUCAGGCCUGGGGUCACUUAUGCCCUCCUCUCUGCUUCCUGCCUCAGCCUCUGUUCCCCCUCCAAACACCAUUUCACUGUGCAGUGUGUACAGGAUUUCUAAAUCCAGUUGUAAAGCAGCCUCUUGAAGCCUUAAGACAAUGUCUAGCUGUUAGAGAGAUAUGCAAGGUUGGGUUCUUCUCCAACCAACUAAAGCCUCACAUGUGGUUUAUAAUGAUACAGCUGGUGCUUUUGUAUGAGAUUCUUUUUGCGACUGCUCUCCAAAGAACAUUGCUUGUUUAAUAAAUGUUACCGUGAAACUUAUGGACAUGUGCUGAAGAUAUACCUUUUUGGGGUUUCUGAAAAGUGUUUGAUAGCUUUUUUUAAAUUCUUUGUUGGAAGUGGUGUGGUUUCAGAGAGACAAUAGCCCUGUUAGGUUGAUAUGGUGGCGAAACAUCAAUAUCAUCACCCGUCAUGGUUUUUCAAUAGAUGCAUAUAUGAACUGGAAAUGUCAUACAUUUUACAAACAAAUCUAUUUAUUGAUGAAGUGUUAAUUUCAGCUUUGGACCCUUAUUAACGUUUGUAUGUGAGUACUUUUAUAUAGAUGACAAAUUUCAAUGCAAACGUUAGGGAUUGUUUGCCUAUGUUCUGCAUUAACUGGGCUGUUGCUGGCAGAGAACGCUGAUCUGAGUUUCUUGUACGUGUACGUUUGUACUUUUCAACAUAAUAAAAUAUAAUGGGAAGUU